CUUAUAUCCAACUAAUUGUUCCAAGUAUCUGGGCCAAACAAGUUUUGCUGUAAAAUUUUGAAAAUCGUUAGUGAGUACUUUGAACUCACGCUCCUGCUGGCCACCUUCCUUCAUUCAUACACAUACUAUAUUUUACUAUGUGGCAGGCAGCCAGGGAACAGGACAAAAAGAUCAAAGAACUUAUGGUGGACCAUAGGAAACGAGCCGAGAAACGGCGCGCAUAUCAUGAAUCCAAGAUAGGCGAUCCCAAACAACUCCUCCGCAUCGUCGGCGCUGCAGUCAAGCUGUAUCCUGAUGCAGAACAAUUUUAUCAGCAUGAAAAUGUGAAGAACCUAACUAUAUGGCAGGGCGACGGGUAUACUCGCAUCGAUCGCUUUGAUGGACGAGCACUACUUGACAGUGUGCCUUCAAAAUCACACCCAGCCGUUACUGAGCCAUGGCAAGAUCGUGAAAUAGCAGACGAACUGAACUUUGAACGAUUUCGAGAUCUCGUUGAAGUGGACCGAUUAGAAGUCACGGAAAGAGAACGAUUAGAAGAAAUUGAAGAAGAGUGGACCAAUAUCUUAGCUCGACAUAAGGCGCUGCUAGCCAUGCUUAAUCCCAAGAAGCAAGAGAAGAAACCGCAAGGCUUCAAGUACGAUUAUGGUACGAACGAAGCCCAACAAGAUAGAACGCAAGGAAAUGUAGAAGAAGAAGAAGAGCAAGAGCUGAUUAAAGAGGUGGAUAUAUUGAGCUAUAUUGACGAACUAACCGACGCCGACCGAAGGAAGCUAGAGGAAAUGGCUCAUAGAUAUAAUAUUUGCCACUAUGUUCAUCAGCUACGAGCAGCGCGCAAAGAUCGUGACAGGCAGUUGGACCAUCUGCGAAAUCAACAACAGCAUCGAGGUUCAAAGCAUUCUCGACAACGAGGGAAUGGACACAAUAAACAGAGACGCCGAUAUCACAGUAAUUCUUCGGUCAGUCCUCCCAGAACAUCUUACCACAGACGUAACAGCCCCACUUACGAAGCAUAUGGGAACAGUUCAGAAUCGGAAGCUUCAGGCGAUGAUCCUCCCGCAAAAGUAGAGUCCGAUGAUUUUAUCGUAUUUGGAACUCGCGCGGAUGUACAAGAUCAAGCACCUGUACAAGAUGCAAGCCAUAGGCGUUUACCGGAAUCCAAGUACACGUCCACGGCAAGCAAGGCUGUGAGUCAGCGACCAGCGGCGGCUGAGAAAAAAUUGAGCCCCAUGGAAAAACUUAAGCUGAAAAUGCGUACAGCAUUCGAUGAUCAAAUUGAAAAAGAUGAGCAAACCAAACGGAAGAAAGAGCGGGAUGCGGAGAUAGACAGACUUCAUGCUACCGAUAACAGUGAUGCAUUAUUACGGCUUACCAUGUCUAGCCAAAUAUCACAACAGGUUGGCCAAAAUACCGAUGGAAAGCCGGCCGCAACCCAUGACAAAAGCCACAUGCAGCUUAGUAGAGACAGGCGCCAUGAAAAGAGAUACCGCUCACCACCAUCCCGAUCUCUGAGUCCUAGAAAACAUAGACAUAGGUCAAGAUCUAGGGACCGUGAAAGAAGAAAUCGUUCGCCAGAGAGACACCGUUCACGGGGCCAUAAGAGCAGGAGGCGAUCACCUUCUCGAUCGAGGUCUAGAGGCAGAUAGAUAAAAAUUGUAUACAGUGGCCCAUAGAUAAUUAGAUGGGUAUUUGGGGGGAGAGCGAAGCAAUGACAUUAAGUAUAGGGAGUUUUGUACUUUUGCAACGCUUUCCCAAAAAAGCACCCCUGAGCAUUUGUGUACACAAUAAAGCUCAAAUUUGGCGAUCACUUUGU